AUGAAACUAUGGCGCAACCAACUUCCUGUCUACCGACCAGAGGGUCGUGGCCUUGGCGUGGUCUUCGAAAAUAUCAGCGUACACUGCACGAGUGGAAAUGUUCGCACCGUCCUCGACUUACUCGGAAUUUUUGAAGGCAUCAUCAAGCUGCCAAUGCGCCUGGCUUACAAUUUAGUCGGGAACCGACAACAUCCUACAAAGACAAUUAUUCAAGGAGUUUCAGGAGUUGUCUUCCCGGGAGAGACACUCUUGGUUCUCGGUCAACCGGGCUCGGGGUGCUCGACUACCCUCAAGGUGAUUGCCAACGAACGAAAAUCCUAUGGAAGGGUCGACGGUGAUGUUGCUUAUUCCUGUAUCUCAUCAGCAGAGAUGCACAGGAAGUAUGCCUCCGAGGUUCUGUAUAACGCCGAAGACGACAUCCAUUACCCCGGCCUGAAGGUGAAACACACGCUGGACUUCGCCUUGCGACUGCGGAAGCCUGCCAAAGGUAUCCACCAAGACACCGCCAGCUUCUCGAGAGACAUGUCAGACCGUCUGCUGGGCGGCCUCGGAAUGUCACAUACGAAAGAUACCAUCGUGGGCAGCUCGUUUGUCCGUGGAGUCUCCGGUGGCGAGCGCAAGCGUGUUUCCCUGGCCGAAGUGAUGGCCUCCAAUCCCGCUAUCGCCUGCUGGGAUAACCCAAUCCGUGGGCUAGACAGUUCGUCUGCCUUGCAAUUUCUCAAGUUGCUCAAGUCCCUCAGCCAGGAAACCAAGAUGACCAAUAUUGUGACCAUCUACCAAGCCUCCGAUGCUAUGUAUCACCAAUGCUUCGACCGGGUCCUGGUCAUGUACGAAGGCCGGAUGAUUUUCUCGGGCAGGGCGCAAGAUGCUCAGGAUCACUUCGUCAACUUGGGCUUCCAGAAGUGGGACCGACAAACCAUUCCCGACUUCCUCACGUCCGUCACUGCUUCAUCCGAGCGAGUCGUCCGCCGCGACCACAUUGGCCCAGUGCCACAGACUCCCGAGCAGUUUGCGCAGGCAUUUCUCCAGAGUGCAUAUUACGAGCGGCUACAGGCCGAUAUCCACGCCUACCAGCAGGCAGCUGCGGUUGACACUUCAGGUCUCGCCGCUUUUCACGCAGAGAUCGACCGCGUCAAGGCGAGUGUGACACCCAAGGGCUCCCUGGAGCCCACACCAAUCUGGAUACAGACCCUAGUGGCCAUGCGCCGGUACUAUCAGCUGCUUUGGAAGAACCAACACGAUCUCUACAUUGUGCUCUUCCUCAACGCAGUGAAUGCGGUUAUCAACGGCUCCGCCUACUACAAAGCCCCCAAAACCGCAACAGGGUCCUUUGAGAAAGGUGGUGCCCUCUUCUUCUCCCUCAUCUACUUUUUCUUGAAUGCCCUCGCGGAGGUCUCGUCAACCAUCAACGCCAGGUCAAUUUUAAUCAAACAGCAUAAACUUGGUUUGAUCCACCCAAUGGCAUUUGUAAUCGCGCAGACCAUGGCAGAUAUUCCAGUGGCUGCUUUCCAAACCCUCGUGUUCUCUUGCUGCUACUAUUUCAUGCUCGGCCUGUACAAGAGUGCAUCGGAAUUCUGGAUCUUUGAGCUGAUCCUGUUCGUGCAUUACUCAGCUGUCUCGAGCAUGUUCCGCAUGCUUGGUGCGUGGGCGCCAAGUUUGGAUAUCGCCUUCUUUGUCGCCGGUACUGCCUUGCCGGUUUGUCUGACCUAUUCUGGGUAUGGGCCGCCAGUCCCCACAAUGCAUCGGUGGGGAUCCUGGAUUCGACGCAUCUCCCCCUCGCCGUGGGCAUUGGAAGCGCUAAUGGGAAACGAGUUCUCUAAUAUUGAUGUUCACUGCACGCCAGACCAGAUGGUCCCCCAUGGACCCGGAUACGGGGAGAUGCGGUAUCAGGGCUGUAGCUUGCCGGGAAGUUUGAAGGGUUCAAACGUCGUCUCAGGUUCCACUUAUCUCGAGCUCAUUUAUCGGUAUUCCAGGUCCAACCUGUGGCGCAAUUUUGGAAUUAUUCUGGUAAUGUGGUUUUUAUACGUGGUUCUUACGGCGGUAGGUCUGACGGUCAUGACGGGCUCCGGUGGCUCCGGUGGAGGUCCCAUCUUCAAGCGCGGAGCCGUCGUUCAUCCCCAGCAUUUCACAGAAGAGAAAUCAAAGCGCGAUGUGGAACAGACUGCCGUCCCCCGUACGGAAAGCCUACAUCCCGUCUCGUCGAGCUCUUCGGUGACGCAGGCAACAGUCACAGAAAAGCAGCCCAAGGUAGAGCUAGACAAGGGCACUUUCUCCUUCAAUGACGUCUCUUAUUUUGUGACGGUAGAUGGAGAGGAAAGAAGGCUUCUCACCAAUAUCAAUGGUUACGUGAAACCGGGACAGCUCACGGCCUUGAUGGGAUCUUCAGGAGCAGGUAAAACCACUCUCCUGGACACUAUUUCGCAACGAAAAAGCACUGGGAAAGUCCAGGGUCAGAUGCUCAUGGGUGGUCGGCCUCUUUAUGGAACUUUCUCCCGGUCCUGUGGAUUCUGCAUGCAGCAGGACGUCCAUGAACCUAUGGCUACUGUGCGCGAGGCAUUGGAAUUCUCAGCAAAGCUGCGGCAACCUGCACACGUCCCGGCUGUCGAGAAGCUUAACUACGUGGACCAUAUUAUAUCACUUUUGGAACUCGAGCCUAUUGCCGACGCACUCAUCGGAGAGCCUGGCGAUGGGGGUCUGAACGUGGAGGAACGAAAGCGGGUGACUAUUGGGGUCGAGCUGGCAGCCAAACCGUCGGCCUUGCUGUUCUUGGACGAGCCCACGUCUGGUCUCGAUAGCCAGGCUGCAUUCUCGAUUGUUUCCUUCUUGAAGAAGAUUGCGUCGCAAGGAGUUCCGAUUGUUUGUACGAUUCACCAGCCGUCCGCUGUCCUAUUCCAGAUGUUCGAUCAUGUUCUCCUUUUGGCCGCUGGUGGACGCACAGUCUACUUUGGUGAGACAGGCCCUGGGUCUGCGCACGUUAUUGACUAUUUUUCCCGCCAUGGUGCCGUCAUAAGCGCCUCAGAAAAUCCAGCCGAGUUUAUCAUUUCAACUGUGACCAGUAAGAAAGCAGAGGCCAAGGACUGGCCACAGGUAUGGAAUGAGUCGAGUGAGUGUGCCGAGCUAAAGGAGAAACUGUCUGUCUUCCAAAGCCAUGCCAUGAGUCCGUCACCAACUGAAGCGGCCUCGGAGGAUGGUGGCUUGGCAUAUGCGCUCCCCCUCUCGGCUCAGAUUGUGGAACUUACCAAGCGCCAUUGGAUUGCAAUAUGGAGGACCGGGUCUUACAACUUCAGCAAACUUUUCAAGUGCGUUUUCUGUGAGCUUUUCAUUGCCUUCAGCUUUUUCAAAGCCGGUCCCGAUGUGCAAGGUUUGCAGAAUUACAUGCUCGCUCUCCUUAUUAUCAUCUGGAUUAUCCCCGCAAUCGCAGCCGACAUCCAGAAUAUCUGGUUCAGCAAAUGGGCCAUCUUCGAAGCGCGCGAAAGAAAUGGCAUAUACGACUACAAAGCCCUAUUCGUUGCCUUGACGCUGGUCGAAAUCCCCUGGCAAAUCCUCUCUUUUACGGUGGUCUACUUCUGCAUCUACUGGACAGUGGGAUAUCCCAAUGUCAGCAACAUUGCCGGAUUUGUGUAUUUUAUGUUCUUGACUCUGUCCCUCUUUGCCACCAGCUUCUGCCAUCUGAUGGCCUCCAUCUUCCCCAAUCCGACUCUGGCCGGGUACGCCAACUCACUCUUCUGGGUGGUUAUCACCGUCUUCUCCGGCACAUUGGUUCCGCACACGGCAAUGAACACCUUCUACCGUCCCUGGAUCUUCUGGAUUGAUCCCCUGCGGUACUUCUUCGGUGGUACUGUCUCCAGCGUGUUGCAUGGCAUCAAAGCACACUGCAAGCAAUCAGACUUGACCAUAUUCGACCCGCCCGCGGACACGACCUGCUACGAAUAUGCAGCCGACUUUCUAUCGCAAAGCCCGGGAUACUUAACCAACCCGAACGCUACCAACUCCUGUGCCUACUGCAAAUAUAGCUACGGAGAUAACUACAGCGCCACCUUGGACUACCACUACAGCCAACGGUGGUGGAAUUGGGCGGUUCUGUUGGGCUUUGGUCUGGCCAACAUCCUCUGUGUUUGGUUUUUCACUUGGCUCUUCCGGAUAAAAUUGCGGAAGUAACAGGGUCAAUUCUGCGUGACUAUGUCACAGUAUUCUGGAAGCAAGCCUCUUGUUGCUUUUGAGUUUGCCUUCGUUUUUCGCUGUUCUUCUGCCAUGCGAAAAUCCAUAUGUUGGCCCAUAUAUUGCUUUUUAUUCUUGCUUUAAAUAAUUUAUAUUAUAGACCUACAUAGAAACAUAAAGAAUUAGACUUAGAUAGUAACUAUAGCGAAUCAACGUG